CUCAGAUACAGACACUCAAUGUCAGUCCGCGAAUCGUCGGGUCAAAAUCUGAACCCGACUCGGAGCACGCCCGAUCGGCGCCCAAACUAUCCUGACUAUCGCGCUGGAACCCUAAACUCCGAUAUACCGCCUGAUCCUCUCCUCCGACAGGGCUCCUUUAUCGACGCCACCACCAGAACCUCCAAUGGUCAAAACGUAAAAGAAGCCCAAAAGCCCCGAAGAGCGCCUGAGCAAUCGAAAUGUGCAGAGCCAGCUACGUCGGGGUCGGGUAUGGAGAAUCCAGAUGGUGGGGCCGGGCGAGUCAAGCGAAAAGGGUUUGUGGAGCCUCUGGAGAACUGGUUGCCGCAAGGUUGGUCCGUGGAAGAAAGAGUUCGGGCCUCUGGUGCAACAGCUGGGAGUACAGAUAGGUAUUACGUUGAUCCAGUUUCAGGCCGACGGUUUCGGUCUAAGGUAGAAGUUCUUUACUUUCUGGAAACGGGAACAAUUAAAAGGAAGAAAACAACAGAGAAUGCCAGUGGUGACAAAACAUCUGUAGAGGGUUCUGGAAGCCAUAAACAAAAGAAGUCUAGCACAAAGCCGAAGAGUUCUGCUUUGAACUUUGAUUUUGUCAAUGUGCCUGAGAACGUCGUAUGGGUUCUUACAGACUCUUCUGCAGGGUCCUGGACACCCUUUAUUGGUAACAGAGAGGUGCCUGAAUCUACUACACAAGAAUGGGCAGCUGCAUUCACAUCUGCCACAUCCCGAAAAUAUUGAUCAUUCUCAUUGAAAAUAUCUAGAACCCUCUUUCCGUAUCACGAGGAUGUAUCACGAGGAUGCACCACGAAAAAUGGUUAUUCUUUUUGCCAACAGACUACACUGACCAAUAUUAGAUCAUCUUUCUCCAUAUUUCCUCCCAACUGAUCUUUUUGGAAUCUUUUGGAUCAUACGGACUCAUAUCAUAUGACAGCAGAUCUAGUCUACAUUGCUUUUUGGUAUUUAGUCAUUCUGGGUACAGAGCCAUUCAAAAGAGUCUUAUAUUUGCUCUUGAUCAAGUUUUUCUUUCUUUCUAAGUAAUGUUAUUGGCACUCCAAAAUAGUCAUUAAGCUAGUUGCACUCGUUUGCAAGUUUAUGGAGGUGUAAGCAUAUUUUGGAGUACAUAUAACAUCUCUCCGUUAAUUCUCUCUUUACAUGUAACUCAUGUCUAUGUAUAUCUGUUCCCUUCAGAA